AUAUAAGCGGUUUUUGGUCCACGAUAGACAUAGUUCAAUUUUGCACUGCAUACAGAACAAAGCUCAAAGCCCUCAAAAUGAAAUUGUUCAUCGUUGCUUUGGCUCUGCUCGCCGUGGUUGCAGCCCAAGACGAUAAGUACACCACCAAGUAUGACAGCGUCGACAUCGAUGAGAUCCUGAAGUCCGAACGUCUGUUCAAGAACUACUACGCCUGCCUUAUGGACACCGGAGCUUGCACCCCAGAUGUCAACGAACUGAAGCGUGUCCUGCCCGAUGCCCUGGAGAACAACUGUGCCAAGUGUAGCGAGAAGCAGCAGAACGACAGCACCAAGACCAUCAAGUACCUGACCGAGAACAAGCCAGAGGAAUGGAAGGCUCUGAAGGCCAAGUACGAUCCCGACAACAAGUACGUCGAGAAGUACGUCGCCGAUGCUGACAAGGAAGGAAUCAAGCUGUAAACUGCUGAAGAUUCUGUGAUUAAGACUGAACUGACCAACCUCUAGGAUAACGAUUAGGAUUUUUGAUGUUUGAUUAGAUCACCAAGCUGGAUACAACUCAAUUCAAAUCAAGUUCAAACGAAAUAGAUGAGACAAUAAAUGCAUUUAUGUGACUGAAAUAAAA